AUGAAGCACGAGUGGGACUACGUUCAAGGUGGAAAAACUUCAGUUAAAAUCCAUAACGCACCAGGAGGAAAUUCAUAAAUAAGCUUUGGAAGUGAACCAACCAGCUAUGGAAAUCAAGGAAAUAGCUAUGGAAACCAAGGAAACUAAUAUUCAAAGAAUCAAAGAUAAUAUCAGGAUCAAGUUAACAAUUAUCAAUCCUCUUACUAAAAGAAUGCCUAUGAUGGCUAUUACGGAUAAGUUCCAACUGAAAAUCUUGCCACUGCUGGUGCUCCAACCAGAACCCUCGAUCACAAGCAUCACACUAAGGGCCAAGUAAACUAAUAUGACAACUAUUCACCACAAAAAUCUCAUGGAGAUGAAAGAAGCUCAGUUAAAAUUCAUAACCCUCCUGGUGGAAAGAGUAACUUCAGUAUUGGCACUCAAUUUUAAGAUGAAUACCAAAAGCCAGCUUUUAGAUAGCAAGAUAUGAAUACUAGAGGCUACUAAGAGUAACCAUCAAAAGGAAGAGGCAGAGUUGGAAAUGAUUAGUUCUAAAGUUCAAGCGAUAUUUUUGGGACCAGCAAUAAUAAUUAAUCUAAGUAUGGUGGCUAAUCACAAGGAUUCGGAGGCCAGAAAAAUAAAAAUCAAGAUAGAUUUGGAGGUGGAUACUAACAACAAGAUUAUGAUUACAAUAAUGACUAUCAGGGUUUCGGUGGAAGAUAACAAAAAAGUAACUAGUAUCAACAAUAAUCUUCAAAUGAUUAAUUAUUCGGACAAAGAGUCGAAUCAGGUCAAAACUGCGGGCCAACUACUGAGAAGUCUUCAGUCAAGCUUCACGCUCCCCCCGGUGGAAAGAGUAGCAUUCAAUUCUUUUGA